GUUGGAUAAAAGCAGGUUGAAGAUGAGGACAGUAAAGCUUGGACAAACUUGAAGGAAAGCAGAAGACUUCUAUCUCCCAUGCAGAACCUCACAGAAGAGGAGAACUGAGUUUUUUUUCCUUCCAACAACAACAAACAAAACAUGAUUUCGGCUGGAUUUUUUGCACGUUCUUGGUUACUUGCACUACUGACUCUUGAUUGUGCAAAACUUGGAGGUAUUGUAUAAUGUUUUCAUACAAUUUCGAAAGGGAUUACACUCAAAUCUAUUAUUUGUCUGCUAUGAAACAGAUUGUCUGAAUGUAUCAUAUUUUAUCAUGCUCCCUCUUUUUCCCCAUACAUUUUAUUAUAUUCACAGGUACCCAGAAUUUUGGCUCUCUGCAGGAGCCUGACGUCCCUUUCCCUCCUGCAUUCCCUACCCUACAGAAUCUUGCUGCCAUAUGUCGCUAUGGACAGAGUCGACCCCGGUAUCCACCUAGCUUCUUUCCUCGCUCUGGUGUCAGUUUUUUCCGGCGCUGUGGAAAAGCCAUAAAUCGUUUGGAGUCUUGGUACAGCAUGUGCUGCAGUGGAGAAGUAGCCCAGCAAAACGUCCAGAUCCUGUGCUGUGCUCAGCAAGCUGUGAGUCGAUGAUGAGUGUGUGUAUUUUUUAUGAAUAUAUUGCAUAUUGGAAUCCUUUAUUUUAAGUUAUUCUAUACUUGUCUCUAUGUUUCUCUCCUUGCAGUGGCAGAAUGCACUCGCCAAGUUCUGUGUCGAGGAGUUUGCCGUAAUGACCAGGGCAUACCCGUGCUGCAGGAAGAGUGGAGAGGCCAGGUGGAGCUGCUUUGAUGACGAACUCCCAAACCCCUUUUACGAGCCCACUGCAGGCUACACGGCCCCCCAGAUGCCUCCUGAACCAGGGUUCACCUGGAAGCCAAACACAUGUUAGAGGCAACAUGACUACAAUAUUUUUUAUAACCUGAGCUUUAGUCUAACAACACUUCAUGUUUAAUCUAAUGAUCGAUUAUUAGAUUAUUAUUAUCUCUGGGCCGACUUUAUUUAGAUGGUAUAUUAAAGGGUUGUGGUUAGAGCUAGUAAGUGUGUUUAUAAUUAAUUGAAUAAUUAGUUGAUCUGUACACCUAGGGGGACUAUGCUAUCCAAAUUAAAUGUUACCUUUUCUGUGUACUUUUUCAUGUUUGCACUGCUUCUCUUGCCACUGAAAAAUAAAAAUAAUAUGC